AAGGUGCAGGAUUCAACGGUUACCACACAAAAUACAUCAGAACACGACCUCCAAACAACUAACCAACAGUUCAGUUGUGUUUGUGUUGCUGAAUCUGCUGAGAACUUUAAAUCUAUUUUCUUAUGCUUUUACCAAGACUGAGCAAUUAUGGCACUCUCAGCAUUGAGUCUUGGCCCUUCAAACCUUAACCCCUUUUCAUAUUCCAUAUUCAAGUCUCUCAAGCUCCCUCCUUUCUUGCAAACUCAGAAGGUGAAGAUAGGGCCUCUGAGUGUGUCUCCGAUGGGGUUUGGAACAUGGGCAUGGGGUAAUCAACUUCUUUGGGGUUAUCAAGAAUCCAUGGAUAACGAGCUUCAACAAGUGUUCAAUAUUGCUCUGGAGAAUGGUGUCAAUCUAUUUGACACUGCUGAUUCUUAUGGCACUGGAAGCUUAAAUGGCCAGAGCGAGAAGCUUCUUGGAAGGUUCAUCCGAAAUUUUCGAGAACAAAAAGGGAGUGGCAGUGACAGUGACAUAGUAAUUGCUACAAAGUUUGCAGCAUAUCCAUGGCGCCUUACGCCAGGCCAGUUUGUGAAUGCUUGCAGGGCUUCACUAGAAAGGAUGCAAAUUGAGCAAAUUGGGAUAGGUCAACUACAUUGGUCAACUGCAAAUUAUGCCCCUUUUCAGGAAUUGGCGCUUUGGGAUGGCUUGGUGACAAUGUAUGAUAAGGGUUUAGUUAAAGCUGUUGGAGUAAGCAAUUAUGGACCAAAGCAGCUUUUGAAGAUACAUGAUUAUUUGAAAAAGUGUGGAGUCCCUUUAUGUUCUGCCCAGGUGCAAUUUUCUUUGCUAAGCAUGGGGGAAGAUCAACUGGAGAUAAAGAGCAUAUGUGAUUCACUGGGUAUUCAAUUGAUUGCUUAUAGUCCCUUAGGACUUGGAAUGCUCACUGGGAAAUACUCACCUUCCACACUUCCAACUGGCCCAAGGGGGUUGCUAUUUAAGCAAAUACUUCCAGGCCUAGAUCCUUUAUUAAGUUCCUUGAGAGACAUUGCAAACAAAAGGCGCAAAACAAUGCAUCAGGUCGCCAUAAACUGGUGCAUAUGUAAAGACACAAUUCCAAUUCCGGGAGUGAAGACAAUAAAGCAAGUAAAAGAGAACUUGGGUGCUCUUGGUUGGCGCUUAUCUUCGGAAGAGGUGCUUCAGUUGGAGUAUGCAGCGCAGGAAUCACCUCGCAAGAUGAUCCAGAACAUUUUCCAAACCAGAUAAUAUCUGCGGCGGAUGCCUCUAUACUAGGCAUAUUUCAAGCUACGUAAUUCAUCAUUGUUUAUUAUCCAUAUAAUGAAGUGAAGGAUUCGGCAAAGAUAAGAUACACCGGAUUAUGGAACCAUUGGAUUGGAGCUAGUUAACUCAUCAGAAAAGACACAGAUGACCACUUUGAAUGCAAUGGCAACAAUAUUCAAUAUACUUCACCAUUUGCACGCGUAGUGUGAUGAAUUAAUACCAUAACGCCUCAACAUAAUUUUGAACAA